GGAUGGUUUCACUUACACAAAAGACUCCAGACACAGAAUGAAAGCACUACAGAUGGUGACAGUGGUUUCGUUCACUGCAGAACUCAGAAGAACUGCCGAGUGGUUACGUGUGAUUUAUGGUAUGUAAUUUAAAAUAAUUCUCAGUCAAGUAUAUUUUAUAAAAAAAAGAAUUACAAUAAAAUAUAUAAUAUAGUAAGUUACAAUAGCGUACCAAAGUAUUUUUGAGAAAAUUUCCUCAAGACCGAAAUGGACGGGUGGCUGAUCAAUCAUGUUGAAUGUUGAUUGAGAUUGACUAGUUCAUAGAUCAGAGAUCCCUUUAGUUUUGUUUUAUUAUACUAUUAAUAUACCUACGUAUAAACAUGGUUGCCUAAAUAAUGUAGUCAAUAUAUAGCUAAAUCAAGUUUUUACAGUAAUUAUUUGUAGGAAAACCAUAAAAAUCCAUUUUUUGAUUAGGUGGACCCUAUUUUUUUGUUUUGCCUUAAGUAUGAAAAAUGUUCAGCACGCCACUAACAAAUGAACAUAAUUUUAUAAAUGUACCUUGAUGGCGUUAAGAUAGAAAUUGUACUAGUUAGCGUUAACGUAGAAUACGUUGGGUCCACCUAUAACGUCCGUCGUUUCUAAUCCUGUACAUGGCUAAAUGUAUAGGUAUGAUCAUAACUUUGUGAUACACAGGUGCAAUGGCCGCCACUGACAGUGAUUCCCGUUUUAUUUCAAUCUAACUGGUAAUAAAUAUCACUGCCAGCUGAGUUUUCUCUCCAUGAAAAGCUAUGGAAUAAACAGUUGUGAUCCUACUUAUAUAAUAUUUAGCUAUGGUCCCGUAUAAAUUAUAAUAUCUUAGUCCGUGGUUAUUACUACUUAAUAAUUAAAUAUAAAUUAUAUUUAUAAAAUAAUUAGUAUAAAUAUGAAAAAUCGUUUCGAACUAUUGUUUAUUUCUCCUAACGCACGCAAAAAAAUGGAUAUUCAAACUCAAUUUUAAAUAGGAAACGUAGACAGCGGCUGAUAAAUUCUAUUUUUAUUUCGUAUUUUGUAUCAUCAAUCACUAUAAUCAUUAAUUAUAAGUACUAGUAUUAAUAAUCAAUAAUAUAUUACAUUUCUCAUCGUUCGCAAAUUAUAUUAUACUGUAUGUUAACUUGGCUUAUCACCGAUUCUAUUAUAUUUUUCUAUCUCCUUUGAUAUUUUUCAUAACUUUCAAGUACCUUUGUAUCCAUAAUUUCCUUCGUUACUUAUUUAUAUUAUUUAACAAAAUAUAGGUAAUAAUCUGGAGGUAUAAGUUAAUAUACAUUAUAAUUUAUAGUUAUUAAAAACCGCAUUUAAGUGCAUCAAACUAAUAAAAAACGUGCAAUUAAAUUAUCAAAAAUCCAGUCAAUAAAUAUCAUAAUAUUAGUAGGUAUUGUAUUGUAUUGUAAUAUUAUAUUUUUCGUAUCUAAUUAUUGUAUUGUUAUCAUUAAAACAAUAAUUAUUAAAAAACAAAUUGUAUAUCUAUUUGAUACGAUUAAAACGAUUAUUUGUUCAUACCUAUUUUUAAUGUAUUAUGGGUGGUUUUGUAGGUAAUUAUGGACGACGAUGCAAUAUUAACAUUUGUGAUGUCUUAUUUACCCGAGAAAUGGGAUAAAACUACUGAGUACACGAGAAGUUGGAAUUUAAUUCCGCUGUCAACACAAAGUGUUGACUAUCAAAUAGUUGAAUCUUAUUUUUAUGGAGCUCACAUAAGUUUAAUACAAAGGGUUCAAAAUCCAUUUCAAUUUGGGCGUUAUAUGAUAAGACGUGAAAUGACCCAAACAACAUAUGAAGUAAGUAUGAAGAUUUUAUAACAAUAUUUAUUACAAGACUGUGUUUAGGAUAGAUACCUGCUAUGUAGCUGUAUAAAAUAGAGCAAAUGUUAGAAGUAACAACAUUUCUUUAUAGAAGUUACUAUGUAUUUUAUUAUUUUCCAUAAAAAAUCAGAUAAUAGAGUAAUAUGUUCAAAAGAAAAUGCUAUAGAGAAACUUAGCUCCCUAGACCUUAUCUAACCCUAGGAGGGCUCCAAAUCAAAUAGGUAAAUACUGAGUAUACAUAAUAAAUAUUAUGAGGUAUUAAGCCCUCAAAUAUUUAGGAGUUUUGCACCUAUGCAACUAUAUAUAACUUAAACAUAGCUCUGUAACCUUUAUUAUUAAUUUAUUGUGAAUUGUAUGCGAUUAUUUGUUUAAGGAUAUUGUUUUUCAUGUUGUACAUCGAGAUGACCUAGAAACAGCAUUGAAGUUCAAUUGUGACUAUCGAAGGUAUCAAAGAAGACACGAGGGCUUGUAUGAAGACCAUAAACAUCCAAAGUUUUAUCAUUCAUUUAAAGAUCUGAUAAACGUUAACAAUCAUUCCAUGAGUGAUAUAAGAGUUUUAGUUUUAAAAAUUUUAACUAAUGAACCAAAAACACAAUGUGAUUACUAUAUUGAAUAUGUUGUCACCUUUUGAAAUAAUAAUUUAUUUUGAUUAUUCAUUAUAAUAUAACUAAUUAUUUAUAUAAGUUUACAGUUUUCAUAUUUUUAAAAAUUAUAAAUAAUAAAUCUAGGUAACUAAAAGAAGAAAUCUAUAAUUGUAUUUAUUAGUAUUCUAUUUUAUGGGCUUAUGUUGAAAAAUUCCUAGCUUGAUUCAUCAUUGAGUUUGUAAUAAUUACGUGCCUUAUAUGCAUUUUCAAAAUCGCUAAUGUCAUCUAUAAUAGGUAGAAACAAAAACCAUGGUCUCGUUCUUGAACCGAAAUUUAAUCAAACGACCCACAGUCAGACAGUGCAAUAAAUGAAGAAAAGAAAAGAAAAGCAUCUAUGAAUCGUGUAUCCUGUGGUUUCAACAUCAAUAUGGCAUCGCUAAUUGGGAAGUGUGAACUUUGAUUUAGAGCUUUAAAUUUCAAUAAUGCUCGGCAAAAUGUGUAUUAUAAUAUAUUCUGUAAAUAAAUCUAGUAGUCGCUGGUAAAUAUUUCAGUUUUAUUUUUAUUUAAAUAACAUAUUUAUUUUAUGCUCAACAUUUAGAUAUAGUAGACAAAAUAGGUAAUACUAUUAUUAAAAUAUAAUAUUUACAAUAUAUAAAAAAAAAAUGACAAAAUUUAUUUACUGGUAAUAUUUUGGUGUGCUAUAAUAAUUGUUGUAUGGUUGCUUAUAUGGUUCUUCGGUGGCUUUAGGUUUUGGAGCAAAUGGAUUUUUUGUCGGGUCUGUGUUUAGGCU